ACUACGUAAUUCCACGGAGCUUGUGUUCUUAAAUCCGCUGCUUCGCAGGAUCGCAGGAUACAAUUUUAUAGAAGAAAGUGAAAAGAAGAGAGAAAGGGGAAGAAGAAAAUGUAUAAAUCACCAUUAACGUUGCUCACGCUUCUUACUCUUUGCUUUGGAUUCUUCGAUCUCAGCAGUGCUCUUUAUGGAUCUUCGUCACCUGUGGUUCAGCUCACUGCUUCUAACUUCAAGUCCAAGGUUCUUAAUUCAAAUGGAGUUGUUUUGGUAGAGUUCUUUGCACCAUGGUGUGGUCAUUGCAAAGCUCUAACACCUACAUGGGAGAAAGUGGCUAAUAUUCUCAAAGGAGUUGCUACUGUGGCAGCAAUUGACGCAGAUGCUCACCAGUCUGCCGCUCAGGAUUAUGGUAUCAAAGGUUUCCCAACUAUUAAGGUCUUUGUUCCUGGAAAGGCUCCAAUUGAUUACCAAGGAGAACGAGAUGCCAAAUCCAUUGCUAAUUUUGCUUACAAGCAGAUCAAGGGUCUUUUGAGUGACCGUUUGGAAGGCAAAAGUAAACCAACUGGAGGAGGAUCUAAGGAAAAGAAAUCUGAACCUAGUGCAUCUGUGGAACUGAACGCUGGAAAUUUUGAUGAGUUGGUCAUCGAAAGCAAUGAACUUUGGAUCGUUGAGUUUUUUGCACCUUGGUGUGGACACUGCAAAAAGCUUGCCCCGGAGUGGAAAAAGGCUGCAAAAAAUUUGCAGGGAAAGGUGAAACUAGGUCAUGUCAAUUGCGAUGUCGAGCAGUCGAUAAUGAGCAGAUUCAAAGUGCAAGGAUUCCCUACGAUUUUGGUAUUUGGUCCAGACAAAAGCAGUCCAUAUCCUUAUGAGGGUGCCAGGUCUGCGUCAGCGAUAGAAUCUUUUGCGUCUGAACUUGUGGAAUCCAGUGCUGGCCCUGUUGAAGUAACCGAACUAACUGGGCCGGAUGUCAUGGAAAAGAAGUGUGGUUCUGCUGCUAUUUGCUUUAUCUCUUUCUUACCUGACAUUCUUGACUCCAAAGCUGAAGGAAGGAACAAGUACCUCGAGAUGUUAUUAUCAGUUGCAGAGAAGUUUAAGAAGCAUCCUUACAGUUUUAUGUGGGUGGCGGCGGUAACUCAACCGGAUUUGGAGAAGCGAGUUAAUGUGGGGGGAUACGGUUAUCCAGCAAUGGUAGCCAUGAAUGUGAAGAAAGGAGUAUAUGCUCCUCUUAAAAGCGCCUUUGAGCUUCAACACCUCUUAGAAUUUGUCAAAGAUGCUGGGACCGGUGGGAAAGGAAAUGUGCCAAUGAAUGGAACACCAGAGAUCGUGAAGACAAAGGCAUGGGAUGGUAAAGAUGGAGAGCUGAUUGAGGAAGAUGAAUUCUCACUUGAUGAACUCAUGGGAGGUGAUGAUGCUGUUGGUACUAAGGAUGAGUUGUGAAGAAUCCAAGUUGGUGAUGAUGGAUUUUACUACUUUUGGGAUCCUUGAAUGUAUUUCACCCUUUUAUGUUUUCCAAAAGAAAAGCAAGAGCAUUUCAAGAGAUAGGAACAUGUCUGGAUUUUGUAUUACGAUAGACAGAUAACACAGAAUCUUAACUGGAGUGAUAUUAGAGUUCAUUGCUCGAAAUAAUUUUCAGUGGAGUUUCAAGUUUUCCUUGAAGCAAUCCACAACGUGCA